AUGGACUCCGACGACGAGCCACCAGUCUACGCCUCUCCUGUCGCCCGCAAGAUCACGACCUCGGUGCCCACCAGCUCAACCCAAUCCCCAUCGAAACCAUGGCACGCCCACGUCAACCUCGACCUCGUUCUGUACAUCCUCUCGCGCUCAGUCUUCCACCCAGCUAUCACACUGAUCUUCUACCUAUGCCUCGCCGCCCUGCACAAGCACAAGGAGCCUAUCUCCUUCUACGUGCUGUACUGGUCGGCGUUUCUGUGCUCGCUAGAGAUCUUGUUCUACCUGAAUCGGAGGAUCAGUCUCGGACCGCCGAGGGACGUCGAUUGGGAGAGUGAGGUGGUCGUGAUUACGGGCGGGGGUAGUGGGCUGGGUAGGAGGUUGAUGGAGGCGUUCGUGAUGAGGGGUGUCAAGGUGGGAGUGCUGGAUAUCAAGGGGAUUGAUGCGAGGCGGAGGACUCGGCCCACCCACAAUCCUGAUCAACAACGCAGCAGCACGCAUCAACGCCCUUCCUCUCCUUCCAACAACCAACUCAUCCCCAACCCCAUCAUCAGACGAGAAGCAACCACUACCAAGCCAGACUCUCCACCCAACCCUAGCCACCACAACCCUUCACACCAACACCCUCGCCCACUUCAACACCCUACACACCACCCUCCCGCACCUUCUCUCCUCCACCACCGGCACCACAUCAUCACCAUCUCCUCCAUCCUCCGACACCUCUCCCCGUCCCAUCUCUCCGACUAUGUCGCGUCUAAAGCCGCCGUCUCCGCCCUCCACACCUCCCUGACCCACGAGAUCCUCUCCCAUCCCGACCCCUGGGUCCGACGGAACAUCAAGACCUUGCUGGUAGAGGUAGGCGAGAUGGACACGGAUCUCUUCAGUCCGGUGACGAGGCUGCCCUGGUGG